AUGAAAGAUGCCUUCAAGAAUUGUAGCGUGUUCCGAAAGCAGAAAGACGUCGCGGAUUUCCUGGCGAGCCAAAACGCGCCGGGAGAAUUCGAACGUCUCGAGCGGUGGCUCGCGGUCCCUCCGCAGUACACGGUUCUCCGAGUGAAUACGCUGAGGACGACAAUCAGCGAUGCGAAAGAAAAACUCCGAGCUUACGUGGACAAAUGCGCGAGAAGUAAUGGCUCCUAUGUGGUUCUGGAGCAUCCCCAGCUGGACGAUACAUUGAUCGUUGUCUCUCCGAAAGUUCCUGUGUCUUUCGCACCCUGUCGGCGUCAGCUGAUCGUGGGUCUAGAAUGUGGAGAAGCCGUUCUCCGUGGAGCCAACGUUUACAUUCCUGGAGUUCUGGCCGCACCGGGAGGCCUCCGGGAAGGUGAUAUGGUUGCAGUUUACGCCGACGUCGACCAAAAGUGCACUCGAGGUCUGAAGCGAUGGUAUACCGGAGAAAAAAUGUUUGUCGGAAACGGUAGGGCCAUGGUGUCCAGAGAUGAAAUCUUCAAGAACAACGUAAACAGUGGUAUAGCUGUGGAAGUCACCCAACCGAUCCAGCAAUGUCCUCCCUUGAACCGAAUCCAUCCUGAAAUUAUGACGCUCCAGAAUCUGCCCUCGGUUGUCUGCGCGAAGGUUCUGGACCCGCAACCCGGACAAACGGUUCUGGAUAUGUGUUCAGCACCCGGUGGGAAGACGACGCAUUUGGCUACGCUGAUGAAAAACACAGGCACUGUAAUCGCCCUCGACAAAGCCGGUGCGCGUCUUGAGAAGACGAGGGAGAAGUGCGAGCUCUGGAACUUGACUUGUGUCAAGUGCGUGGUGCACGAUGGCACUCUGCCCUUCUCCACGAAUCCAGAUCUCGCUGAUGGACCCCAGACCUUCGAUAGAAUUUUAAUCGAUGCUCCUUGCAGCGCGUUGGGUCAGAGGCCCAGACUGCAAUAUCGUCUCAACCUCAGGCAGGUUCAGAGCUACCCUUGUGUGCAGCGAGCGCUUUUGAGAGCUGCUUGCGAGCUCCUGAAAGACGAUGGCUACAUUGUUUACUCUACGUGCAGUAUCAAUCCAGCGGAGAACGAGAUGGUGGUUUCUUGGGCCGUGAACAAUCUUCCGCUGGAGCUUGUUGAACAAACGCCCCAUCUCGGAUCCGUCGGUCUGCGGUGUGAGGGACUCACAGACCACCAGCGAAAACUGUUACAACGAUUCGAUGGGGCCCAGGAGGGCGACGAUUUCAACGUGGAUACGAUUGGAUUUUUCAUAGCCAAGUUCAAGAAGCAUAUUGUACAGAAGGAGUUUGUAUUAUAA